UGGCGGUGGAUCUCUGCCUUCAGACGGCGCUGAGACGCACCGACAGGCGGACGCACUCGGCGCGAUUCCCGGGACUGAUUUCCUCAGCCUGCCCCGCUGCUCUGCUGGAGAAUCCCCCCCACCGCCAGGUUUCCUUCUGGACUUCAAAAGCAAACCCUGCAGCCCAGAGCUUUGUAAAUCGGAAGUUGGACAAUGGCAACAGCAGAGGAGCCACGCGAUUGUCUGCAGGGCAUCAUAGAGCCCAAGACUAAAAUGUAGUCCUUACUGACUCCUUCUUCAAAACAAAGUCACUGGGGCUGAUUUGGGUUAUGGAACAAAUGGAGAAAGCUGUUGAGGAUUUAAAUUUGUCCUUUCUGCUGGAGCAUGAAAGGGAAAUGAUCCUGAAGGUGCUACAGAAAGACGAGAAGCUGAGGAAACGUGAGGAGAAAAGGAUACGAAAGUUAAAAAAUGACCUGCUGGAGAUCAAGCGAAAAGGUUCCCGCCGGCCUCAUGACUCUGAGGAGCGGCAGUGCGCUCGCUGCCUCAAAACGUUAGGGCUGAUCUUUGACCGUGGCGAACUCUGCGAUGAAUGCCGGCUGCGCGUUUGCAGCGACUGUCGUGGAACGAUCGCCGGCUCACGCAAGUGGAGAUGCAACGUCUGUGCCAAGAUUUCGGAGCUGAAGGUGGUGACUGGAGAGUGGUUCCUGGAGGAACGGUCCAGGCGCUUCGAGCAGAAAGCGCUGAGCAGUGACGUCAUCAAGCAGACUAUCCUGAGCGCCCCACCAAGUGCAGAAAAAAAGUCAACAGAAAACCUGUCAGCGUCCUCUGAUUUGGAGAAACCAGACACUCCGAAAUCCAACAGAAGUGCAGUGCGCAACAUCAUGGAUGGUGCCAGAAAGAAAGGACGGAUGAAAAUUGGUAAGAAAGGCAGCCGCGCCACCCUGAAACCCGGGAACGGAGCCGACAGCGUCAGCAUGAAGUCGUCUUCAGAUGGAGACACUCAGAGCGUUCGUUCCGCUCAGAGUCAGCAUUCAAACAGGAGCGUGGCGGUGGCGUUGGAGUCCUCGGGUUUGCCCACGGUCCCCAACAAUCUCCGUUCCCAAACUCCAGAUAAAUCACCCAACCCCAGCAACAACCGGAGGGUCAGGCCCGACGGAGCGGAAAGCGUCGCCAGCCUGCGCUCCGGCGAGGGUCUGUCUGAGAAGGAAGGGACGGGACUUCAGCUCGCUAACUCGGCCACGCCGACCAUCUCCGUCUCCUGCGCGUCUGUGGUGUCAGAUCACAGCCACUCAGAGAUGGACCUGUCAGCUCCGGGAUCUGACCACAGCGACGACGCCCUCAGCCUCAGGAGCCGCUCAGUCCCCGGGCUCAACGAAGCGGAGUUUUCCGACGAGGACGCAGAGGAGGACAUCGAUGCCCUGAUGUCGGCACACAGCCUGAGUCGGGGCGGACGCCUUAGCAAUGCCGCAUCAACGUCCUCCACUCCUGGCACAGAAAGAAGGUGGGGGUACCUAAACAUCCCCGACUCGGAUGCUGAGACUAGCAGCCUCAACAGCAUGAUGAGCAUGUACAGCGAGACGGGCGACUACGGAAACGCCAGGGUGAGCGGCGAGAUUCUCCUCAACAUCAGCUACAGCUACAAAACAGGCGCCCUCAACAUUCUGGUGAAAAAGUGUUACAACCUGGCAACGGGAGACGACAGGAGGCAGCGCACAGACGCGUAUGUGAAGACCUACCUGCUUCCUGACACGUCCCGCCAGAGCAAGAGGAAGACGAGCAUCAGACCCAACACCAUCAACCCGGUUUUUAACGAGAACCUGAGAUACGUGAUCAGCCACUCGCAGCUGGAGACUCGAACCCUGCAGGUGUCUGUGUGGCACCAUGACCGCUUUGGAUACAACAGCUUCCUGGGAGAAGUGGAGCUGACCUUUGACUCCUGGGAGUUCGACUCUCAGAUAGAGGAGUGGUACUCUCUGCAGCCCAGGGUAGAGAGCAGCGCUGACUCCACCAUGCACUACAAAGGAGAGCUGACUGUCGUGUUAAAGUACAUUCCUGCAGAGAAAAACCUCACACUGCCUCUGGACCAGGUUCAAGUGAAGAAGAGCUUCCUGAAAGGCAAGAAGACGAGCAGCUUCACGCUGCCUAAAGGGGGCAUGGUCGAGCUGCUGGUCAAAGGGGCCAAAAAUCUAACAGCGGUCAAGUCUGGAGGCACUUCGGAUCCUUUUGUGAAAGGAUACCUCCUCCCGGACAAUAACAAGUCAACCAAGCACAAGACGGCGGUGGAGCGGCGCACUGUGAACCCGCAGUGGAACCACACCUUCACCUACUGCGGCCUGCAGGACGGAGACCUCAACAACAUCUGCCUUGAGCUGACCGUGUGGGACAAAGAGGCUUUGUCCAGCAAUGUUUUCCUAGGAGGAGUCAGGCUGGGAGCAGGGACAGGCAAAAGCUACGGGAAUGAGGUGGACUGGAUGGACUCGUUCGGGGAAGAGCAGCAGGUCUGGCAGCGCAUGAUUGAAAACCCAGAGGUUCCUCAAGAGUGCACGCUGAUGCUGCGGUCGAGCAUGCGCAAGUGCAACACAUGAACUUAGACCGAAGCACAACGGAAGAGCAAAUUACAGGGAGGGAAAGAAGCGGAGGAAACGGUCUGACGUUGUGGGGAGAGAGCUGGAGAGGUCGACGGGUCAAGAAAAAAAGCAAGCAGUGACUCAACUGGAACCACUCCGCUUUCUACUUUCUUUCUUGUUCAGAUCUCCUCUCCUGUCCACCACAGCCAGUCAUGCCUUACUCUCUCACCCACAUGUGCCCCUCUUCCCUCCCAAAGCAUCUGUCUUGACCAAGCACUGCUGUUCUUAGGAAACCCGUGUUGUAUUUAACUUUGUGUAACUUAUAGAUAAGCACAUGGUUACUCCUGAUGUCCCUGUCCUCGUCUCGUCUGUGGGUCAUUUCUGCAUGUAGUAACAGCUAAUAGAAAUGAUUAAAGGUGUAUUAGAUGAGGCAUUGGUUAAAACUAUGUAUAAACAUUCCCUCUAUGAGCAACAAAGUCUUGUUGCUUGUAUAUAUCUCAUUGCCAGUAAUGCAUACUGAGGGGAAAAGCAGGUCAAUCUUUUACAUGAGGACAUAUGAUACAGAUAUUCAUACACCUUCCUUUCUAAGAUUAAUAUUAUUCUGGACAGUAGAAGAAACCAGAGAACUUACUGUAGAAAACCCGAGUAGAUUUGUGAAGAGCACAAUCAUCUCAUAUUGAUGAAAGAUGGAUAUUUUUGCAAAAUAUCUUGGAAAACCUUUUUUUUUUUAGUUCUUGUUGAUGUGAAUUACCUCGACACAAAUUUCUCCAGAAAGUAAAAAUGCCGGUGUAAAGAAAAUGCAAAAUAUUUGUUCAAAAUUUUAAUGGUGGGAAAAUUGCCAAGUGAAGAACAGCGAACAGCUCCAGCUUUCAGGAAACAGAAGGAAGCCAGUCAAUUCUCAAAGUGCUCAAUGCUGCUUUUCACGUGUAUCUUUUAUUUUUUGUCUUCAAAAUUUAAAUGAUAGUUUUCACAAAAUCCUGGACACCUGUGGUUUCCCUUUGAAUCCUGUCUUCUCUUUACUUUGACAUGAGCUCUUUGGUAAAGCUCAGGUAUUACUUAAGAUUUUGAGAUGGUAACCAGCUGCUCCUGGUUGUAUAACAGAAAACAAAAAUACAGAAGACUGUCCAUAGGGUAAGAGCAAAAAUACUGAGAAACUAUUUACCUCAAAACAGCAACACCUGAAUCAAAAUAUUAGGAUUUUUCCUAUGAAUUUCGUCCUAAUAAUUCUUGAGAAUUUGCAAGCUAAAUCACGAGUAGGAAACAGAGGUUUUAAAAAGUAAUUGCAGUAAUUUUUAUGUUUUCUUAUGUCAUGACUUCAAACCACUUGUACACUGUAAUAAUGAAAAUGAGCUCAGUGUAGGCAGUAAUAAUGUAAGCAGAAUUAGCAGUGGAGCAAAUUGUCUAUUAAAUCAAUUGUAUUGCAGCUGCUGGUCUAUUAAACAGUGGGGUCAAGAGUCAUCCCUUUAUAGACGAGUUUAUCUGCUUUCCCCCUCUGGUUGAAAGAAAAUAUAUAAAAUGUGGCACAAAAGUCCUGUCUAAUUAGAAAAUUCAGACUAUCUUUCUUUGUAAAGUUACAUAACACUGUAUCAGUGUGUUCAUUAGGGUAGAGGAACAAGAAGGUUACACAAAGCACUGAUGCUGACAUCACUUUGCACCUAGAGGAGAAGGUGUGAUCUGCGGCGUUUUCUCAGGAACCCUGAGCCGGGUCUGCGUGUUGCAGAGUGAGUCAGCACCAACGUGAGCUGCCAUCAUCUCAGGGAGUGGGGACCGAUCACGAGCCGCUGAUAGUCAGACGCCGACCUUGUCGUUGCUGCCCGGGGCGCCGUGAUCAUUCGUUCUGUGAUGCGUUCUGCAGUUCACCGAAACGUUUCCAGGUGAAAAAAAAAACAACAAAAAACAAAAACAACAACCUUCAUUUCAUGUGGAAUGCUAGUUGUAAACGUCUGCUCGAAACUCCCAGAUACAAAGUAGUAAUAACUAAAAUUCACGUCCUGACCCUUUAGCAUGACCAAGAAUCUGAUGCAAAGUCUCAAUCCAGAGGAAAAUAUUUCUGUGCUGCAUGUACCAUCUCUCUCUCGUGUCUGGUUCUGGUCAUCAAACUCACCUUUCAAAAAGCUUAUCUUCUCCCAAAUGUGCUUCAAGAACAUUUUGAGAUAAAUGCAUCUUUCCAUAGUCUGUAAUAUGGUUUUUGAAGAAUAUUACUGAUAUUAAAAAAUAUAUAUCUGA